AUGCAGCUGGCCCUGCUCUGUGCUGUGUGUCUGCUGCCCAGCCACCUGGCCCUGCCGCUGCCCCAGGAGGAGGGAGGCAUGAACAAGCAACAGUGGGAACAGGCUCAGGACUAUCUCAAGAGAUUUUAUUUACAUGACUCAAAAGCAAAGGGUGCCAACAGCUUAGAAGCCAAGCUCAAGCAGAUGCAGAGGUUCUUUGGCUUGCCCGUGACCGGAAAGCUAAACUCCCACAUCAUAGAGGUCAUGCAGAAGCCCAGGUGUGGAGUGCCAGAUGUCGCAGAAUUCUCGCUGUUCCCCAACAGGCCGAAGUGGACUUCCAAAGUCGUCACCUACAGGAUCGUAUCAUAUACUUCAGACCUGCCACGUGUCACAGUGGAUCAAAUAGUGGAGAAGGCUUUAAGCAUGUGGAGGGAGCAGAUUCCGCUGGACUUCAAGCGAGUUAGGUCGGGAACCGCUGAUAUCAUGAUCGGCUUUGCCAGAGGAGCUCAUGGGGACUUCUACCCAUUUGAUGGUCCAGGAAACACCCUGGCUCAUGCCUUUUCACCUGGGCCAGGCCUGGGAGGAGAUGCUCACUUCGACAAGGAUGAACACUGGACCGAUGGGGGCAGUCUAGGAAUUAACUUCCUGUUUGCUGCGACUCAUGAACUUGGCCACUCUCUGGGUCUGGGUCAUUCCUCCGACCCCGACGCCGUGAUGUUUCCAACCUACGGAACUGCAGAGUCACAAGACAUCAAACUCGCACAGGAUGACAUUAACGGCAUUCAGAAACUAUACGGAAAGAGAAGUGAUUCAAGAAAGAGCUAG